AUUAAACUUGGGGGAGAGACAUUUAUUCUCUUUCUCUCUCUAGGAAUGAAUAGCUACUAGUGAUUGAUUACACAUGAUACGAGAUAAGACUACUCAUCCCAAACAUUCCUCCCAUUAAUUAAUUAAUUAAUUAAACCCACCCACUCACCAAUCAAUUAUACACAUUCUUCUUCUUCAUUCUUCAUUCUUCCUCCUUCUUCUUCAUUUGUGUUUCUCUUCUUUGUCUUCUUCCAUGAAUACUCUUCAAUGGCCACAGGAAAGGGUUGUUGAGGCUGCUGCAGCAGCGAGGACAAUGGAUGAAGAAUUAGGUGAAAACACAAGAAUUAAUAAUACUACAUGUGGAAAGCCAUCAAUAUCAUCGUCUUUUAAUGUAGUAGAAAAAGAAAGCAACAAAUUGGUUGACGUUCAAGAAUAUCAGAAACAACAGGAUAUGAAGCAUGGAAUCAACUGUCGGAGGUGCAGCUCGACCAACACUAAAUUCUGUUACUACAACAAUUACAGCCUUUCUCAACCUAGAUAUUUCUGCAAAACCUGUAAGAGAUACUGGACUGAAGGUGGAUCCUUGAGAAAUAUUCCAGUUGGUGGAGUUUCCAGAAAGAACAUGAAGAGAUCUUCCCCCUCAAAUUCAGACGUCUCCUCUAAUUCUGAUCAUUCCUCUAAUAAUAAUAAUUCAAUAUCAACCUCCUGCAAGAAAAUGCUUCUAAUUGAUCAAUAUCAUCAUCAUGAUACUUCUAAUUACAAUCAUCAUCAUCAUCAGCCUCCUCCUCCUCCUCCUGCUCAUCAUCAUCAUCAUCAUCAAAACCCUAAUAUUCUAAUUAAGGAAGAAGAAUUUAUCAGGCAUGACCUAAACCUGGGAUUAAUCCCAUCUGAACAGAAUAACGUGUUCAAGACUUUCACUGAGCUCAUUCAAGUUCCUGAUUUUGAUAAGAACAACACUCUUUUUCAACAAUAUCCACCUCUCUUCAUGCCAAACAUUUCAUCAAAUAAUUAUCAUCAACUUGGAAACUUUCAUGAUCAAGAUCAGGAGGCGGAGGAGGAGGAGGAGGAGGAGGAUGAUAACAGGAGGAGGAGAUCAGGUCCGGCGUUGUUGUUUCCAUUCCAGGAGAUCAAACAGCAGGUUGAAAGAAAAACUUCAGAUUCAGGUGGGUAUAAUAGGAUUAAUAAUGGAAGUGUUUUAGGUAGUGGAUUAUGGUGAAUUUAGAAAUGAAGAACCAACAUGAUCAAGUUCAUUUUAUUUACAAGGUUUUGUUUAAUUUGUGAUUUCAUUUUCAACUUUUUAUUUAAUUGGUGUUUUGUUUUCCAUGGGUGUAUGCAUGAUGAAUUGAUUUUAUGAUUAAUUAAUUAAUAUUGUCUUAAUUACAAGAGACCCAUCAUGAUUUAA